CAUCAGACAUUGGAUAGCGAGUAUCUUCGACUUCCCGAGUUCUCAUUCGCCGCCGCCCGCCGCCGCGUACAUGGCUGCACUCAAGGAACUUUAGUUCGCCACUCCAACACCACCCGCCGCAUCGCGGCCGUGUUCGAUGCGGUACACGAGCCACGCGAGCAGUCAACCCUCGUAUUGGAAAAAAAGAGUGUCCAAGAAAUGUGGUGCUCUGUGGGUGGCCCCAUUCGUGCUUCUGAGUCGGGAGCGAAACAAGCCACUUGUCUCACAGAAGCUAGAAGCCCAUCGGGAGGGUAA